AUGAUUGAUUUAACAUCCUUGCUAAUUAAGGAAUUGAUGAAUAUAAACCUAAAAAUUCCUGGUGCUAAUUUAAAUGAAGUCAGUUUAGUUGAUAAGAUUGAUCAAAAUUUACUUAAAUGGAUUGAAGAUUAUGCUAAAAUUGCUAGAAAAUUUAACCAAUUUUAUAAAGACCUUGACAAUUUUAACAAAAAUGACAACCUUGUUCUCUUUAAUAUUCAAGAAAAUUUAUUAACAAAACUUGAUAAUAUUAGAAAUCACUUGGUUAAAAAGUCUAAAGAUUUAGACAAUAUAUUGUAUUUAAUUCAAAAAGAGAACAUUAAAAAGAAAAUUGAUAAAGACUUCCAUUAUAUUAUUCAAUUAAAAUCAGUGUAUGAUUUAACUACUAAACUAGAAUAUAUAAGAAGUAGAUUAUAUUUUUUUGAUCCAACCUUGAUUCAAAAAAUAUCAGAUUUUUGUGAAAAACUUACUUAUGAAUUGAAACUAAAUAAUGAUUUGAUAAAAAUUUUUAGAGAAAGCGAACCAUAUGUAAAAGAUUAUUGUUUGAAUCGUAUUGUAGAAAAUUUGUCAGAAAUAGGUUGUUUGGUUAAUAAUUUUUGUAGACAUAUAAUAGCAAAAACAUAUGAUGAAAUUGAGUUUGAGAGAAUGAUGGAAAAGUUAAAAGGGGCAAAGAAGGCAAAAGGAGCCAAGGAUAUUUAA